AUGGGGCAGAUUUCUUCAUAACAGUAGCAAUCAGCUCAAACAAUCAAAAAAUCUUUGAGCAUUUUUCAUGAUAGAAAACAUAAUCCUUAUGGACAAAAAAGAAAUUAAUGUUUAAAAACUGAAGAGGAUGAGAAGAACUUUUAUGAAGAAUAUUCAAUAAUAGAAAGAGACGAUGAUAUUUUUCUAGGGGAUUGUAUUAUUAUGAGGGAAAAUAAUAGUAAACUAAAAGUAUGCGUUAAAGAGAUGGCAGUUUAGAGUAGAGAACAUAUGAGAUACAUUUAGUAGAAUCUACUCAAUAAUUUUAAUUGUUAUAACAAUGAAGAGGAAAUAAACGAAUCUAAAACUAAUCUUGCAAAUGUUUAUUAAAAUGAUCCACUUUCUUAUUACGAUAUAGUAGCAAAAAGAGAGGAAAAUAAUGGUAAAAAUAGCAAUCAAAAGCUUGUUAAUAACUAUCAUCUUAAUUUGAUAAGUGUAGUUAGAGUUGUUAAAGCUAAAGAUGAGCUAGAUUUCUUUAUCUGCAAUUAAAACUUCAGAAUUUUGUAUGCACUUGAGUACUCUGAUUUAAAUCUGUAAAAUUACUUUUUGGAUGAAAAAAAUUCUUUAAAUGAGCAAGAUAUAUGGUAAUUACUUGAACAGCUGACAAGCGCCCUUUUAUUCCUUUAACAAUAAGGAAAAUCGCAUAGCAAUUUAACAAGUAGAUCUAUUUUCAUUAUGCCAUGCAGCAAUUGUCUUCAUAGAUAAUAAUAAUAAUAAAGUAUUUAAUAAAUAUGUGAGUGCUUAGUUUAAUUUAAAUGGUAUAAAAUUGUUGAAAGUGAGCUCGUAAGAUCUUAAAACAUGUAUGAAAGAAUAUUUUAAGAUGUUUUUUAUAAUAAAACAAACUUCAAAGAUAGCAAAUAUAGUUAACUUAUAAGAGGAUUUUACUUAUCCCCUGAGAUGAUAGAAGACAUAAAUUAAAAUAAAUAUAAAUCUUAUCUUGACCCUUACAAGGCAGAUGUAUUUACUUUAGGUUGUGUCAUUUUAGAGGUGAUGAGUAAAUCUCUAAGAAAAUACUCACUCAAUGUUUCUCUUGAUGGUAUUUUUGAGUAUAGAUUAGUUAACACUCAAAAUAAAUGUUAAUUUAAUUAAGAAAAAUUAAAAAGUGUAAUUCAAACGGUAUCAUUCAGCUGUGUUUAUAGCGAGAGCUUAGUGAAUAUUAUCCGCAACAUGGUUAUUUUGGAAUGCUCUAAAAGACCUGAUUUCAAAGAGCUGGCUGCUAUGCUUUAAAGAAUUGGGAAAUAUAAUACAUCUACAAACAGAUAAUUAUUGAAUAAAGAGAUAGAAGCUAUUUCUUCAUUUAAUAUGACUAAAAGUGUUUAACUUAACACUUUAAACUCUGAAUAGGCAAAUUAUUCAGAAGAUUUUAAUAAUGGUUAGAAAACUAAUUCAGGAUAAAAUCUACUAGAUUGCUUAUAAUAAAUUUAAUAAAAAUAGUAAUAAGCUAGCUUCUAAGUAGAAGCAACUUAUAAAAAUGAAUGUUAAUUUUAAUCUAAUUUUAAUAAAAAUAUUAUGAAAAAUUAAGAAAAAAAGGAGGAAAUCAUAAGUAUAACUCCUAUUUAAGAAGUAAAUUACACCUAAGAAAUAAUGAAGUUAGAUGUUGCAGAUGAAGAUUAAUAAUUUUUAUAAAAUUGUCCCGAAAAAUAAUAAAAUGGCUAUAAUAAUAAUAAUAUAGCACCUUAAACAUAAAGAAAUUAAUGCAAUAAAGUAGUAUAUGCUUCUAACUCCAAAGUGCUAAACAAUAUAAUUAAUAAAGAAAACAAAUAAAAGCUGGACGAGAAUGACACUACAAUAGGAUCAUUAAUAAAUAAAACAUCUAGAAAUGAUUUAUCUUCUUUGAACACUUCCAUCGUAUCAGGAGCAAAAGGAAGUAGCAGAGUAAUUCUAUAAGAAAAUAAGCAGAUUUUAAAUAAUUAAGAGCUUAUCAAGUAAAAACCUGUUUUUGAUUCUUACUAAACAGAAAAAAAUAUUAGCAAAUAGCAGAAUUAAAGCUUUGAUAAAUAGUUUCCACAAGUUUAAACUUACAACAAAGAAGUUUAUGAUAUGAUAGAUAAUAAUUAUAAGAAAAAUUUAAUAAAUUACUAACACAGAAGAUCUAAUUCGACAUAUAUUUAAUCUUAGAAUUUAGAUUAAGGCAAUACUCUAAAUUUUUGUUAUGAUUCUAUGAAAAAAUAUCCUCUUUCAAAUUACGAUUCUCAUUCCACAAGUUCAAAUAAAUUAGUUUUUAACUAGAAUGAAGAUUAGAAUUUUUAAAAGAGAAGUUCUAUUAUUCAAAAGGUCAACUAAUAAAACGAAACUAGGGAUUUUGAUAGUCUUAUAAUUAAAGACACAGAUAAAUUUGACUACAAUUCUAAUAACUCAGUAAUUCAGCAGUAAUAAACUAUUUAAAAUAAUUUUUCCACAGUCAUUCCAUAGAUUAAAUCACAAUUUAAAAGUUACAUAUCAAGUAACAAUAACGAAAUUGGUAAAAAUCUUGAAAAUGCUAUUAGACAAACUAAUUAAAUUAUACAAAAUUAAAGAUAGCAACUUAUUUAAUACAUGUAAAGUAAUUUUAAUGACCCUUCUAAUAUCUAAAAAGAAGUGAAAAAUGAGAGAAAUUUAUUAACUAAUAAUAUUCCUUUACCUACAGAUUAGGGAUGGAAAUUAUAGGAUAGCUUACCAAGCCAUAGAAGCUAAUCUUAAAAAAAUAGUAACAAUAAUUUCAAUAAUAAUUAAGAUGGAUAGAGAUUACAAUCAGUUCAUAUUGAAAAUUUUGAUUAAUCAUUUCAUGGAAGUGAAUCAUAACUCUCAAUAAGAAGUUAUUAAACAAAUAAACUAAAUGGAACUCAGUAGACAAUAUGCACGCCAUAGAUUUCAACUUAAACUUAUUUAUCGAACUAAUAUAAUUCAGAAAAUAUUAACAAUUCUUCUAAAAUUGAUCCUAAAAUUUAUGAAAACUCAGUCAAAUUAAAAAAAUUAAGCAGAAAUAUGAGCUUGAAAGACCAAUCAGAAUUAAGACUUCUAGAUUAGCAAUAUAAAAUUAAUAAACCUAAUUAAAAUAUUUCAAAUACAUCUUUUAAUAAUAACAGUAUUUCAUCUUAUUUAACCCCAAGAGAAAAAAAAUCUGAAAAUAUUAAAAAAGUCGAGUAUGAACUAUAAUUUUAUCAAAAUUAGAAAUUGCCUCUAUUAAAGAUAGAUUAAAUCAAAGAAAAAUAGGCAUAGAAAAUACCUUUAACAAAUCCUAUUUAAUUAGGUUAAAAUACAGAGUCUAUUUUAGAUUGUAGCUUGCUUAACGACAAUAAAAGUAACUCUUAAAUUUACAACAAUUAAAUGCAAUUAUUUACUUAUUCAACUGGUACUCUUCCAUCUUCUACAAGAAAUGGGUGUAAAAGGAGAACUCAAAGCAGUUAUAUAAAUGAAACUUAAUACACAAACUAAAAUAAUUGCAUAAAUUAAAAUUUAAAUGGUCAUUUAAAUUCUUACUUAGACUCAGAGCUAACUUUAAAUACAUUAAAUAAUUGCGAAAUAAAAAUAUCUAGCAAUUAGAAUUCUAAUAAAAAUUCCUUAGAUUAACUCUAAUUACAAGAAGCAUAAUCUGAAAGUACAAGUCUUAUUAAAAAUUAAAGUUACAAAGAUGCCCCAAAAACAAAGAAUGUUGCAUUUUCAUAAAAACAAUAAUUAAAUUCUUUAUAGUUGAAUUCAUAAAGAGCUUAGAAAUUUGAUUUAGAAACUGUCUAAGAAUUAAAAGAAUCAUAAUUCAACUAAACGACUAAUAUAAGUGCUAAAAAAUUGACCUGUUAGAGUGCAUAAGGAUAUUAAAUAGAUGCAUCAAAUGUGUUAUUGACUUCUUUUACGCCAAUAAAAGCCAGCUAAAACUUGAUAAAUAAUACAAAUAUAUAAUCAUAAAAAAAAGAAAAACUUUCUUCAUCUAAGAUACAAGAAAAUAACUUACUAUCUUAGCAUUCUCCACCUUAAAAUAAUAAGAUAAUAGCCAAAAAAUACUUAGAAAAGGAAGAAGAAAAGUUUUAAAAAUGCAGUAGUGUUACCAAUAUUCAAAAAGAGUAUGUAUAUGAGAAAUAUGAAGAUGGUGCAUACUAUGAAGGAGAAAAUUGGGGAACAUUAAGAUGGGGAUUAGGCAAAUUUGUUUAUGCUGAUGGUGCAUGCUAUGAAGGAGAAUGGGAAAGAGGUUAAAUGAACGGAUAUGGAAAACUUUAUUACCCAUCCGGCUAAUUAGCGUAUGAAGGUAAAUGGAAAGAUGAUAAAUUUGAUGGAAGAGGAGUUAUUUAUAAUGAAAAGCCUAUCCCUAUAAGCUAUGGAGAAGAAAUAGACUUUUAAGAUUUUAAUAAAAUGUCUGAAGAAUGGACAAAGUUUGACGGAGAAUUUAAAAUAGAUGAAAAAACUGGAUUUGGAACCUUUUAUUUCAGUAAUUCUUCAAAGUUUUAAUGUAACUUUAUGAACGAUAUGGCUGAAGGAGUGGGUACUUUCACAUUAUCAGAUGGAAAAACUCAAAUCGUUGGGGAUUGGAAAUAAAACAUUUUAGUUAAUAUUUACCAAUAAAAAUAAAUAAAUCAUUGA